AGAAGAGGGAGUCGAGCCGAGAAGUUCGUGGCCUUGUGAGCUGGUGAGCGCAGUCAAGCACCGGCUGCGAUCGAGACGGUAACGGCAUGCUACAAGACAUCGUACGUGCCACGGCUUACAAUGGUGUAGCUAUCAGUGCGUCGGUACCUAGACAUGGGCACCACCGUCGUUUGUGCGGUACUGUUCGGGGCCGUUUUCGGUGUGCUAUCCGCGUCUCUAAGUAAGGCGCUCCGCUAUCAGGCGCCAGACGAGUGCAAGUGGGUUGUCGUCGACUCGGACGUCGAAGACGACGUGGCUUUAGUGUGUAAACUUCGCACCAUCAACAGUGAACUCGAGAACACCAACUUCAGUGUGAUACAACCGCAGCAUACGGUUCGAUUACGGUUAGAAUGCAGCGAUGGACUUUUCUUUCAGAGUUCUCUGAGUGCGGGCAGUUUCAAACCCCUGGUGGAAUUACGCGAACUCUCGAUCGAGUACUGCAAGAUCGGGAAUUUGUCCGACGGCGCGUUCAAGGGGCUCAAGGAACUAAGGAAUCUGACCGUUCGUACGCACAACACGGACUGGUCGGCGAUGGCGUUAGAAGUUUCGCCGGACGCCUUCACCGACGAGCUCAGGAACUUGGAACGUUUGGAUCUUGGCGAAAACAACAUGUGGAGCCUGCCGCCGGGAGUUCUAUGUCCUUUGUACAAUCUGCAGGUGUUGAACUUGACGCGAAACAGGUUGCGCGAUGUGUCCGAUUUCAGAUUUUCGAGUGUUUCGCCCGAUAAGUGUAACACGAAUCUCAGACUCUUGGACUUAUCCCGGAACAAGAUAGAUAAAUUAAUGAGUGGACAAUUUUCCGGAUUGACGCGAUUGCAGAAGUUGUAUCUGCAAGGAAAUGGCCUGACCAACAUGGCCGAUCGCGCAUUAGAGGGACUUGUCGCUCUGAACAUACUCAAAGUGUCCGAUAACAAUCUAGUCAGUUUACCCCCUGAACUCUUCUCUGAUACCAGAGAUAUUCGCGAGUUAUAUCUGCAAAACAACACUAUCAACGUUUUAGCGCCCGGACUUUUGAAUGAACUGACUCAGCUCCUCGUUUUAGAUCUAUCGCAUAAUGAAUUAACAACAGACUGGAUAAACGUAGGCACUUUUACUGGCCUUGUGCGACUAGUGGUACUUGACAUUUCGUACAAUAAAAUAUCGAAACUAGAACAAUCGUUAUUCAGAGAUCUAUACAGCUUGCAAAUCCUCAGACUGAACGACAAUCAGAUCGAAAACAUACCAGAGAAUACUUUCUCCGCUCUCUACAACCUUCACACUCUUAUAAUCUCGAACAAUAAGAUCGCGAGAAUCGACGGGGAUACCUUCAACGGAUUAUACGUAUUAUCUCUGCUGUCUUUGGAUAACAAUAAAAUAGCGUGGAUCCAUCCGGAAGCUCUCAAGAAUUGUUCCAGCCUUCAAGAUUUGCAUUUGAACGGCAACAAGCUCCUCAACGUACCCGAGGUUCUCAAUAACGUUCCCAAUCUGAAAACAUUAGAUCUCGGUGAGAAUCACAUAGACACGAUAACGAACGACACCUUUCCGGAGAUGAAAUCUAUGUACGGUCUCAGGCUGACGGAAAAUAACAUCGGGAACAUCUCCAAGGGAGUGUUCGAGAAGAUGCCGUCUCUGAAGAUUCUGAAUCUGUCGAAGAACAAGAUCCAGAAGAUCGCAUCGGGCGCGUUCGAUGUCAAUAUCAAUCUGCAGGCGAUAAGACUGGACGGCAACUAUCUGACAGAUAUAGAAGAAUUAUUCGCCAAGUUGCCGCAUUUGGUAUGGCUCAACAUAUCCGACAAUCACUUGAAAUGGUUCGAUUAUGCGCUGAUACCGACCGGUCUGCAAUGGCUCGACAUACAUGCUAACCAAAUAGAAGAACUGGGUAAUUAUUUCGAAAUAGAAUCCAGUCUGUCGUUGAGCACAUUCGACGCCAGUUCCAACAAACUGACGGAAAUUACUGGGAGCUCCAUACCGAACAGUGUGGAAGUGUUGUUCCUCAACGACAACCUAAUAUCAAAAGUACAAUCCUACAGUUUUUUCAAGAAGCCAAAUUUGACCAGGGUCGAUCUGUUCGGAAAUAAAAUUACCAGUUUGGAUCCAAAUUCUUUGAGAAUAUCCACCGUUCCUUUGGACAAGAAUCUACCCGAAUUUUACAUCGGCGGUAACCCAUAUAGAUGUGAUUGUACGAUGGAAUGGUUGCAGAAAGUAAACGUUGGAAAUCGUGUGAGAACGCAACCUAAACUGGUGGAUCUGGAGAGUAUCUAUUGUUCGUUGUUGUAUAACAGAGGAAGGACCUACGUGCCCUUAGUGGAAGCUGCGCCUUAUCAAUUCUUGUGCACAUACGAGACCCAUUGUUUCGCAUUGUGCCACUGUUGUGAUUUUGAUGCCUGUGACUGCGAGAUGACUUGUCCGACCAAUUGUACUUGUUAUCACGACCAAUCUUGGUCAGCCAACGUUGUGGAUUGCUCCUCCGGCGGCUACGUGGCUAAAUUACCCGAGCAGAUACCGAUGGACGCAACUCAACUCUACCUGGAUGGUAACGACCUGCGCUCGUUAAGUAGUCACGCUUUUAUCGGCCGCAAACGAUUGAAGAUCCUCUUCCUAAACAACUCCAACGUCGAAGUCAUACAGAAUCGAACUUUCAACGGGCUACUGGAACUAGAAGUGCUACAUUUGGAUCAGAACAGGAUCGUCGAACUUUACGGCUACGAAUUCGAGGGACUGACCGGCCUACGAGAGAUUUUCCUGCAACAAAACCGGAUUUCCCACAUCAACAACCAAACUUUCAACGCUUUACGCCAACUGAGGGUGCUCAGACUCGACCACAACAGAUUGAUCACGUACAACGUCUGGAACCUGCCGACGACCCUUAUCGAAGUGACCCUGGCGUUCAAUCCGUGGUCUUGCGAUUGUGAAUUUUCCGAACGCCUCAGGGAAUGGAUGGUCCGCAGUGCUGGAGUCACGGACAUCUCGUCCGUACGUUGCAUUCAUAACGUUACAGACAUCGAUUUUUACGACGAGAGCAUAUACUCGGAGAAUUCCGACAACGGCUUCAAUAUAAGCAUGGAAAACGGUACUUUAUGCACGGGAAUAGCGAUUGAUAACUCCGUGAACGGCAACUUGACCGGUACGAAAACCAUAAUCAAGAUACAGGUGAUUCAGGACUAUCUGCCGCUUUUAGUGGGUACCCUCACAGUGUUCGCCGUUAUCAUUCUGUUGACCUUGAUCAUUUUCAUAUUCAGACAGGAGAUGCGGGUGUUUUGUCAUUCCAAGUUCGGUAUAAGGCCCUUCCACAGAUCGAACGAUCUGGAUCGCGACGACCGCGAAAAGCUUUUCGACGCUUUCGUUAGUUACAGUUCGAAAGAUGAAGCUUGGGUGGCAGAAGUGUUGGCGCCGGCUUUAGAGCCACACUACAAGUUGUGCCUUCACUAUAGAGACUUUCCGGUGGGUGCUUUCCUCGCCGAUACGAUCGUGCAAGCGGUAGAAUCGUCGAAAAGGACUAUAAUGAUACUAUCCGAGAACUUCAUCAAAUCGGAAUGGUGCCGUUUCGAGUUCAAGUCGGCGCAUCAUCAAGUGUUACGCGACCGGCGAAAAAGGCUAAUCGUUGUGCUGCUCGGUGAAGUUCCUCAUAAAGACUUGGAUCCCGACAUUCGUUUGUACCUAAAAACGAACGUCUACUUGCAGUGGGGCGACAAGCUCUUCUGGGAAAAACUUAAGUACUGCUUGCCUGACGUGCCCAACAACCAGCGCCUGAGGGGCUCUAUCCGGGGCCCUCAUGUUCACCAUCACGUCCACAGGCAUAGCGCGAGGGGGCAGCCUCCCAACCCCCCCGGAAACUCCGCCCGGACAGUUGCGAUACACAUCUGAACCCCAGGAAGACUGUUUAGUGCGACUUAAUUAUCAAUGUCAACCAAUUGUGAUAUUUCGAGAAGCAGACUGUGAGUGCAAUUAGUGUGAAGAAUGUGAUAGUCAAAUAUGGCGACGGAGGUAGCUGUACGAAUGAAAGAGUUUUCGAGUGAUUGUGAACGGUGCGAAUGUGGAAAAAACAGAACCUCCUGACCCCAUCUCGUGCUCCGGACUUGCACAAAUCCAGAGCGUCUAACAAUUGCUGUAAAUACGGACUUGUAUAGCUAAUAAUAGGUAAACUGUAUAUCUGAAAUUUUGUAAAUAAUUUAUAUAUAUAUUUUAUAUUACUUUUGGCCACUAUUUAUUGUAAAGUUUUUCGCCUUUUCAUAUCCUGUACGUACUAUUCUGAUGAAAACACAAGGUGCAUUUUACUUUGAUAAAGUAUCGAUUGAACAUUAUAUCUACUGAAAUACGCUAACGCCUUCAAAUAUGAAAAUCUAAUAAAACGUCAUUUUAA